GCGAUGAUCAACUGGCCCUGCUGAUACCAACUAGCUAGCAGUUGGAGGUGGUAGCGUUAGGUGCCAUGGUAAAACCGAAACACUUGAUCCCAGGAAGAUUCCUUCGGGCAGCUCGUCCCCUCUUACUGUGAAGAUGCCAGCUGUGGUCAGAGAUAAGGGGGACUCUGAAUCCUCCUCAGAGGACGAGCAAGAAGACCAUCCCUGCAUUGCCUGGAGUGGCCUCAGCAAGACCAUCCCGGUUCUCUUGUUUUUCCCUGAAGCAGCUGUUACAAAAGAUGGGAACAUCUGCUCGACUGGAGAGAGAUAUAAUAUGGCCUUCAAGAUUGUGCGCACAGAGAGCCGCCUGGUACGAGGAAUACUCACCAAUCACGGAUUCCAUGAGGUUCACCCAAACAGCAAUGACUUUAACCUCAUGUGGACAGGAUCUCACCUCAAGCCUUACAUACUACGCAGCCUUCAAGACUUUCAGAAGGUCAACCACUUUCCCAGGUCAUAUGAACUGACACGCAAAGACCGUCUGUAUAAAAACAUCCAGCGAAUGCAGCAGACUCACGGCUUCAAGAACUUCAAUAUUGUUCCUCAAACCUUUGUGCUGCCCUCCGAGUACCAGGAAUUCUGCAAUUGUUUUGCCAAGGACAAGGGCCCCUGGAUUAUUAAACCAGUAGCAUCUUCAAGAGGGCGAGGCAUCUACUUGGUCAGCAAUCCAAAUCAGAUUUCAAUGGAUGAGAACAUCUUGGUGUCUCGCUAUAUUAAUAACCCACUACUGAUAGAUGAGUUCAAGUUUGACGUGCGGUUGUAUGUGUUGGUGACAUCGUAUGAUCCGGUCCUCAUCUACGUGUAUGAGGAGGGCCUGGCGAGAUUUGCCACAGUGAAAUAUGACCGGACUUCAAAGAACAUUAAAAACACGUUCAUGCAUCUCACUAACUACAGUUUGAACAAAAAGAGCAGCGAUUAUGUCAGUUGCGAUGACCCUGAAGUUGAGGAUUAUGGGAACAAGUGGAGUAUGAGUGCAGUGUUGAGGUAUUUGAAGCAGGAGGGGAAGGACACCACAUUGCUGAUGAGACAGGUGGAGGACCUCAUCGUCAAAGCUGUACUGAGUGCUGAACUACAGAUAGCCACCGCCUGCAAGAUGUUUGUUCCGCACAAGACAAACUGCUUUGAACUGUACGGUUUUGACGUGCUCAUUGACUCAAAUCUCAAACCCUGGUUGUUAGAGGUGAACCUCUCUCCCUCCCUUGCCUGUGAUGCGCCCUUGGAUCUGAAGAUAAAGGCCAGCAUGAUUGCAGACAUGUUUUCACUUGUGGGCUUUGUGUGUCAGGACCCCCUGUCGAGACAACCACGCUCUGACCGAGUCACCCUGGACCCUGGCCUCAAGCACCCAGCAGCCCAAAGACCACAGCGACAGAGGCCCACAUCAGCCAGUAACUCAGAAACAGAAGGAUCGAAAGACAAGCCAGGACCUAAACAAGGUCAGGGAGACAGCACUCUGAGCUUGACUGCUGAGGAGAUCAAAGUGCUGAGGAGGAUAAAGGAAGAGUACGAGAGACGUGGAGGCUUUGUCAGGAUCUUCCCCACUGCAGAAACAUGGGAGCUCUACAGUGGAUAUCUGGAGUCCAAGACAUCAAUGAACUACAUGCUGGCAAACAGACUUUUCCAUGGAAGGAAUGUGAACGGGAAUGUGCAGCUGCAGGUGGACGCUGUCCAUGGCUGUCACGUUGUCCAGUACGAGAGGAAGCUGCUGUCUCUGGAGGCACGUAAGAGGAGACAACGCCACCUGACUCAUCGCUCUGCUGAAAGGAAGAAGAAAUUGGGGAAGGAAUCCAAGGCCUCCCCGAUGGAGACCAGCAGUCAGGAGGGAGAGGAGUGUGCCCAGGAGGAAAGAGAGGAGGUGAAACAAGCUCUCGAGCCAGUCUCACACAGGGCGUUGGGAGCAGAGCAAAGAAAACAAGUGGCCACACCAUUGGAGUGCUGCCACGGUGAGGCUCUGUCCAGCUCAGAGGCAGCCACGCACAAUGCCAGGCCCAGAGUCAACCUGCUCAACAUCCUUCAGCAGGGGUGGGACCUCAGUAAAGUGCAGGCCCGGAUGGCCUUUUCCUCAUACCUGCAGCGAGUGCAGCAAAGACUGUUGGCAGAAAGCAGGGCCAACACCAUCCCAGCUUGGCCAGACAAGGACAACGACCAAAUGGAGCUGGUGAUUCGCUUCCUGAGAAGAGCCGCCAGUAACCUUCAACAAGACAUUAAGGUGGUCUUGCCCAGUCGCCAGCUUCCACUCCAAGACCGCAGACGCAUCCUGUCCCACCAGCUAGGAGAGUUUAUCCACUGUUACAAUAAGGAGACUGAACAUAUGGUGAAAAAACAGGAGAGCAGCAAAGAGGAUCAUUGUGUAAACCCGAGUGUGUUUGAGGAGUACAUCACUGCAGCGAGUGAAAACGAUCUGGAGGAAGUACUGACAUUCUACACACAGAAAAAUAAAUCAGCCACCGUCUUCCUCGGAACAAAAGUCAGGAGCGUUAAGAAAGACGUUCAUGAAGUAAACGCCUCAGGAGAUUCAAGCAACUGUGAGAAUUCCAAAACUCUGCCUGUGGCCAAAAAGGAUUCCAGCGCUUCAGAGUCCUCGCUCUCCACAGGGAAAGUCAGCAGUGACCCAGACAUGAAGGCCACGGAGAGUCAGCCUUCUGUCCGCACUGAUGACCAACACGCAGCAUUUAGAGCUGGUAAAAUCCAGCCAGAGGUCCAGGCCUCUCAGCACUGCUCCAGCUUUCCUGUCACUUUAGAAUGCUCACAUAUUCAUCCGCAGCACUGCUCCUCUGCCCCAACGUCCCUGCCUCUCCAUUGUCCGCCACCACCGCCACCUCCUCAGCCACCGUCCUAUGCACAGUCCUUGGCAAAGUCUCAGUUCUGCCAUUCUGAGACUCUAUCUGACCCUCCUGCGUACACUCCUGCCCUGGUGGUCACGCAGCCGCCGAGAGCAAUGUGGACAGCUGUUUCCACUGGCUACAACACAGUCUGUACUGGGCAGCCAACCCAGGUGCUCAGAAGGAUUCAGUCCUUUACCUCAUCAACGCCCAGCUCUGGAGCCGCCUCUUCCAUCCCGAGUGCCACGCACAUCUAUAGCCAGAAGCUCUCCAGACCCACCUCUGCAGGCCAAGUGAUCAAGAGGAGCAGUUCCAGUAAGCUGAAGUCAAACUCAGCUGGGACACUGAAGGAGCUAAACUCCCUGUCUUCCCAGGCCCAGUCUAACCAGCAGGCCUUCAUCUCAGCCCUGCAAAAGCUGGCUGACAAGCAGGUUGCUCGCCACUAUGCCAGCUCCAGUCACAUCAACCUGCUGACACAGCACUUGACCAACCUGAACCUGGCAAACAGGAUGCUGGGCAGAGAGAGCGCCACACUGAACCCUAAAGUGCGGCAUGCUGCUGCUACAACCCAAGGGCCAGUGAAAGCUGUCCACACUGGAACAGAACUAUGUAGCAGCACAGGCCACAGGCCACCGAAGGACGAUGAGGGUCUUUGGGAUGGGCAGAUGCAGAGUGCCUAUAGCUUGGUGACAGGAGUGAACCCCCUGCAGCGCUACCAGCCCACACAGGGAAGCUACCAGCUUCAGUUUGCUAUCCAGAAACUGCAACAGCAAAGACUUCAGUCUCAACAAUUUCUGGAACAGAGCCACUGCAGACACCAGGCUCACUUUCCAGACCAGACAAGUACUCCACACGCCCAGGCUCCCACAAACUCAUCCAGCUGCCCUCCAUCCAGUUUUCAUGUUCGGCCUAAUCACAGUCAUGCCCACAGCCACAUCCAAACCUGUGUUAGUCCUGCUCUCGCCCCAAAGCCGCCCAGCAGCUCCAGAGAGGGACAGGUCAGAAAAACAGCAACAAAGCGCCUCAUCAAGCAAACCUCCGCAGAGAGUUCAGCCAGUGGAAGUGUGUCCAGCGGCCAACAUGCGGUCUACAAAGCCAUCUGUGGUAAAACAGGUCUCUCUGUGUACCGCAAGCUGCUCCAGGGCCAGGAACCUGGUCACAGAUGACAUGAAAGCGACCAGAGGCACGCCCUGCCCCUCUGCCGGCCUGACAGGUGUCUCUGCAUGUAACUACAUCCUCACAGAGGUGUAUUCUGGGAAAGGACAACAGCAACAGAUGAAAGCAUGCCAGACAUCGAACAGGGUCCUAUUAAUUUCCUUCUGAUACAGCCGCAGACAUGCGAGAGGGUAGUCUGAGAGGCCAGGAAUGCCCAGCUUUGACGCAGGUUGGGAUUUUGUUUGCUCAGCUCAACAUCAGUUGGCCUUUUCAGCUCCUUCCCCUCCUCUCCCCCUCGCCCCACUUGGCUGCACUCACACAUCCCAACAGUUGUCCGCCCUCAUUCUCUUCAUGCUACUGAUGCCACAGAAAGAUUUCACUGACAGAUAGCCUUCAGCAGAUGGUUCUUCAAUGCCCCGGUGGCAUUUUAACUAUAAAAUUCAACCUUUUAUUCUUUACAGUAGAAUGUGCGCCGCAUUUUUUUCUUCUUAGAAAGUUAUACAAACAGGUGAGAUGGGGGUUUGAUUACCUGAGCAGCUUCUCAUCUUGCUGCCUUUUGGGAGUGGCUUCUGGCAUUUAACACUCCAACUCUUGAUCCCUGUUGGAAGCCAAGUUGUUGCCAAAUCAUACUCUCUGGUCAUUGCCUAAGGAUGUGUUAAAAGUAUGGCAUCCUUUGCUUGUAGGCUUUAUAAAAGGAGCUUUAAUAUGAUUGGUUGCUGCCUUGUUCCCUGCUUACAAGGAUGAUGCAACACUGUUACUGGGAAGCUUUAUAUCAAGAAUACAGUGUGAUUAGUUGUAAACUGUGGAGAUGUUGGUGUUGUUUCCUUGAAUGGACCAAAUUUAAUAUUUGUGGUUUAAUAAGUAAAUUAUUGCUAUUGCAUCAGUAUUUAUUUACUGUAAAUUAUCCACCAAAAGGUUUUUUUGGCCAUUUCUGCAGGGUUGGAAAUUAACUGUUUUGUCCAUGUGCCACUAUGGCUGGUGGAUCCAGAAAUUUGCAUGCCACUCAAUAGAGUUCCAUAGCAUUUUGGGCUGGUGAGUGGAGGCAAAUCCAGCAUUCACUUGCAUAAUUCACCUGCAUUUGGCUGGUGGAUAGUGCUGAUUUCCAACCCUGGUUUGUGUAGCUCAAACCAUAACACAAAGAGGAAUUAUGGUUAUGCACAGCCUCGCCUACAAUGAAGGUUAAUGCUGCACCAGCUGACCAAUAUCCAUGUGGAUAUUCUGUUCCUUGGGACCAUAUAGCGAGUUUACUCAGGGCGUGUUAAUAGAAUAAAAAUAUCUCUGUUAUAUAUCCAUAGAUUUAGCAUAUGUUUAUGAUGACUUUGUCAAAAAAUACUUGAAUGUCAUGCAUGUUUUUAUCAUAUCAAUUGAUGAUUAUCAUCAGAGGGAUUUUGCACAGAUUGUAGUUUUCAGUGCAGUACAGCAGAACUGGUUUUAAUGUUUUUUCUGUAGUGAUUGAUGUUAAUGUUGUGGAUUUACUGCUACUUAACUAUGCCAGUGCAUGCUGUGUUACAAAAAUCCAACAGUGGAAUCCAAUUCUCUUGUGGCGAUACAAAGUUGUUUACAGUUUGAUCAUUUAAUCUGUUUUGUCGCUGAUUGUUUACAACACACACAUGCAUGGAAAUGUAAUAUUUUACGAAUCGUCCAGGCAGUCUGUAUCCAACAACAUUGAAAUGAAUAUCUAGAAAACAUUAAAACAUGCUGAUCAUGUAAGGAAAUGUAUUUGUUCACCACACAUACUGUACACUGGAAGUUGUAACUGGCUGGACUUUGAUUUCUUUACUUUGGCCAUCAAAAUUUACCCUAUAGAGUGCUGCAGGGAUGAUGUUUUUCUGUAGGCCAACGCAGAAGUUAGGAGUACCCUGGUUCUCUUGACAAAAAGACGGUUGGAUUUUUCCAUUGGAUUUUGGAUUAUCACAGAAAAUAAGGUCUGUAGCAAACUAAAGUGUGAUACCUACACAUUUUGUUGUCCACCAAGCUAAUCUUCACAAAUGAACACCAAUUGUAUGAUUCAUUCAUUCAUAUUAUUCAGAGGGUGUAAACAAACAGCUUUAGGCUAUAAACGAGGCUGUAAAGCUGUGAUAGGCGCGGUUCAAUGUGAUAAUGUUCUGCAGUCUCAUUUAGCCACUUGCUUGCAACUGUCUUUUUUAAGACACGUAAAAGCUUAAAAAUGCACAAGUGGGGUGACAUAUUUAUGUUUUCGAACAAAUCUUGAAAGUCUCAAGCUUGUGUUAACCACAGACCUUACUUCAGACAUCUAAUCAAAAAACCAUUCAAAAAACCCAUCGACCCUAGAUGAGGGAACUGGGAGUGCUAAAAUGCUAACUCAUAUCCAGGUUUAAGGACUCAUCCCUGUAGCACUCUAUCACCCUUAAAAAUAAAGUGCUCUAAAAUACUUAACGCAAACAGAAAAACUCCAGCAAUAAUGAAAUUAGAACAAUUCUAUCCAACUGUCCAUUUUUAAUUAAAAAAAAAGGUGUUUCCAAGAGUAAUAAGAAAAAACAUUUACAGUUCGUGAUCUAGUUAAGUGUUCACUUAGUGACAUACGUCGUCUCAUACAACAGAAAGGCUUCACUUUAAAACAAAACAAUCCCUGGAAUCAC